GUCAUUGUACUAUAUAAGGCUCAUUUGAGGACCGCAACUGUGCCUAGCUCCGAAGUUAGCAAUUGAGUUCUCUUCCUAGCAAAGAGAUCGCUGCCUUCAGUGUUGCCAUAGCUUUCUAAGUUCACACCAGGCUUGGUAUCCGAUUCAGCAACAAACAAACACUAGCAAUGAGCAUGUCGAUGCUGAGACUAGUUGUAGGAGUUUGCUUGGCUUGCUUCGUGCAACCGAAACCGUCGCUAAUCAAUCAGUGCAUACGAUUGAAACAAAUUUACAGACAAAUCCCUCCUACGAUACAAACUGUUGAAAAUGAAAUGUGCGAUAGUCCAUUGAAUGUUAUGCCAUGCGAACUGAUGGGAAAGCUGUCACUCGAAUACACUCGACAAAAGAUUAUGGAACUCCGAAUGAAGAGCAAUUGUCUCGGUUUGGAAAACAGCUCAGAGGCUGCCAGUCAAGAUGAAAAAUGUGCAAUUCUUGAAAGCCUUCCUCAGCAAUCUGUGAAACUAGCAACGAAAAUCUUCGCCAACACGCCGGAAAGACAACUAUCGCAGAAAUUCGCGUCGGCCGUUUCGAGAGCCCUGUUCACUCUGACCUAUCCGGCCUAUACGGAUCUCGGCUGCACUGAUCAGACGAAAGCUUGACCUCGCUUUCCAAAGAAUAUUAUCCUUUCUAUAGGCUUUAAUUUGUAGUGAUCUCUUCUUGCAUUCAGGUGUUCUCGCUUUUUGUUACCUAGUCAUGGCAGAUAUUCAAAAACAUUGUUUCACCAAGGUAUACUGUACAUUUAUUCGUACAUAAACAUACAUAAAUAU